CACAAACCACUGCCCAGAAAAAUUAAUUAAUUACGAAAUAACUUCUUCUGCUCAAAUCGAACCAGUAUCAAUUAAUGGAUGCCAGGAAAGCCCAUAAAGCCUCAUCUUCAUCCUCACCAUCCUCCUCAUCAAAACGUUGGAAGUACGACGUGUUCUUGAGCUUCAGAGGUGAAGACACACGCAAGGGCUUCACAGGCCACCUCCACGCCGCAUUAUCUGAUGCCGGAAUCAGCGCCUUUCUUGACGACAACGAGCUAGAAAGAGCAGAAUUUAUAAAAACCCAACUGGAGCAGGCAAUCGACAGGUCCAUGAUCUCCAUAAUUGUCUUCUCCAAGAGUUAUGCCGAUUCAAGUUGGUGUCUUGACGAGCUGGUGAAGAUCAUGGAGUGUAGAGAAAGAUUGGGGCAACAGGUUAUUCCAUUGUUCUACAAUGUUGAUGCUUCAGAUGUCCGGAACCAAAAAGGUAGUUUUGCACAAGCAUUUGAGAAACAUGAAGGUAAACAUGAGAAAGAAAAGGUAAAGCGAUGGAAAAAGGCUCUCACUCAAGUUGCAGAUUUGUGUGGGGAAGAUCUUAAAAAUGCUGACAAUGGGCAUGAAGCAAAGUUUGUCAAGAAAAUUCUUGGGGAGGUUAAUAAGCAGUUGUACAGCAAAUACCAAUUAGACAUCGAACACCUUGUUGGAAUUACUUCUCGGCUGAAAGAUGUUGUUCGCAUGAUUGAUAUUGAAAAUUCAGGUUCUAAGGAUGUUGUUCGCAUGAUUGGUAUUUUGGGGAUGGGCGGCAUUGGGAAAACAACGCUUGCCAAAGCCAUUUAUAACAAAGUUGAAGGUAGCUAUGAAGGUAGGAGUUUCCUCGCAAACGUGAGGGAACCCAUUAAUGGUCUGGUUGGUUUGCAAGAACAACUUCUAAAUGAUAUCUUGAAAUGCGAGGGCAUAAAGGUUCGCUCUGUUGCUAAAGGGAUCGAUAUGAUAAGAGCAAGACUUUGCUGUAAAAGAGCACUUGUCAUAAUUGACGAUGCAGAUGAUCUACAGCAACUAAAAGCAAUAGCUAGAGCUCGUGAUUGGUUUGGUCCUGGAAGCAGAAUUAUUAUAACAACAAGAGAUAAACAUUUGCUAGAGCAAAUUGGAGUGGAUGGCACUUAUAUGGCUGAAGAAAUGGAUGAAAAAGAAGCUCUAGAGCUCUUUGGUUGGCAUGCCUUUGAAAGUGGUUAUCCUAAUCAAGAAUAUCUUGACCUCUCAAAACGUGUAAUUCGUUACUGUCGAGGCUUGCCUCUAGCACUUGAAGUUGUAGGGUCUUUUCUGAUUAAAAGACCCACAGCGGAGUGGGAAAGCCAUUUGGAGAAAUUGGAAAGAAGUCCUGAUGGAGAUAUUCAAAAAAUACUCAGAAUAAGCUUUGACGGGCUACCUGAUGAGGAAAAGAGAGAGAUAUUCCUUGAUAUAUCCUGUUUCUUUAUAGGAAUGGACAAGGACUAUGUAACACAAAUAUUAAAGGGAUGUGGCUUUGCUCAACCGAUAGGAAUCAGUGUCCUCAUUGAACGGUGCCUUGUAACUGUUAGUGAGGAAAACAAGCUGAUGAUGCAUGAUUUGCUUCGAGACAUGGGAAGAGAGAUUGUUUAUGAAAAUGCCCAGGGUCACCGUGAAAAAUUUAGUAGAUUGUGGAAACGUGAAGACGUAACAGAUGUAUUGAGCGAUGAAUCUGGAACCAAAAAAAUUGAAGGAGUUGCUCUAGAUUUGGAUCUAGAUUCGGAUCUAGAUUUGACUAAAUUCAGUGCACAAGCAUUUACCAACAUGAAAAAACUGAGGUUACUCCACCUCAGCGGAGUAGAGCUCACUGGAGAGUACAAAGAUUUUCCCAAAAAGUUAAUAUGGUUGUGCUGGCGUAGAUUCCCUUUAAAGUCCAUACCAGAUGACUUUCCUACGCAACCAAAACUAGUUGCUUUAGACCUGCAGUAUAGCGAACUCAAAAUAGUUUGGAAGGAUUGCAAGUUGCAUCAGAAUUUGAAAAUCCUUAAUCUCAGUCAUUCCUAUUUUCUAACAAAAUCACCGGACUUUAUGAAACUACCAAAUCUCGAGGAAUUGAUAUUGAAAUCCUGUCAUAGUUUGUCUAAGGUUCACUCAUCCAUCGGGGAUCUUGGAAGACUUUCUUUGGUAAAUCUUAAAGGCUGCACCGAUCUAGAGGAUCUCCCACUGAAUUUCUAUAAAUCCAAGUCUAUUAAAACUCUUAUACUUAAUGGUUGUUCAAGUUUUGAAAAGUUGGCUGAGGGCUUAGGGGACAUGGUAUCAUUGACAACUCUGAAAGCAGAUGUGACAGCCAUAAGACAAAUACCAUCUUCCAUAUUAAAAUUGAAGAAACUGAAAGCUUUAUCUUUAUGUUAUGUGAAAGGGUUGCCAUCAACAAAUCUUUUGCCUCCUUCAUUGCAUAGUUUAAGCUCUUUAAGAGAAUUAGCUCUUGCAAACUGUAGUUUAACUAAUGAUGCAGUCCCCAAGGAUCUCGGUAGCCUAAUUUCCUUAGAAAGGUUAGAUCUUGCAUGCAAUGACUUUUGCAGCCUACCAAGCCUCAGUCGUCUUUCAGAGCUUCAAGAUUUGUCUUUACAUAAGUGCAAAAAUCUUCGUGCAAUCCCAGAUUUACCAACAAAUUUGAAAGUCUUACGAGCAGAUGGCUGCAUUGCAUUGGAAAAAAUGCCAGAUUUUUCAGAAAUGUCAAAUAUAAGAGAAUUGUAUCUACGUGAUUCAGGCAAACUCACUGAGAUUCCAGGCCUGUAUAAGUCAUUAAACUCCAUGACAAGGAUUCAUAUGGAGAAGUGCACUAAACUCACUGCCGAUUUUAGGAAGAACAUCCUACAGGUAUGGACUUCUUGCGGAUAUGGUGGCAUUUUUCUCAGUGGAAAUGAUAUUCCUGAUUGGUUCCACUGUGUCCAUGACGAUGAUAUUGUGUAUUUCACUGUGCCUCAAAGUGAUGGUCGAAGUUUGAAAGGGUUAACUUUGUCCUUCGGUUUCUCCUUUUCAAAACUUUUCAUUAUUGGUUUUCUCAUUAGCAUUAAAAACAUGACCAAGUGUACUGAGCUUGAAGCCAGGAUCAUACCCGAUUGUCGAACUGAGGGUUAUUAUCUUUGGCAGGGACAGUUAUCAAAUGACGAGCUCAAAUUGCAAGACGGUGAUAAAGUCUUGAUUGAAAUAAUAGUGGAGGAUUAUUAUAGGGUGAAGGUCAAGGUGAAGAAAACAGGUGUUAGUCUGGUAUGGGACAAAUUUAUGAACGAAAAUAUGAUUGAUUACCAUCUUUGUGCGUAUGAACGACGCCCAUCUCAAAAUCUGGUCAAUGAUGAUGACAUCAUUCAUGUCGAAGAUGAUAAUCACAUAACAAAAUCACCAGACUUUUCAAAAUUCCCAAAUCUCAAGAAGUUGAUAUUGAAAGGUUGUAAGGAGUUGAUUAAGGUUCACUCAUCCAUCGGGAAUCUUGGAAGACUUUCUUUGGUAAAUCUUGAAGACUGCCGAAUGCUAAAGGGUCUCCCACUGACUUUCUAUAAAUCCAAGUCUAUUGAAACUCUUAUACUGAAUGGUUGUUCAAGAUUUCAAAACUUGGCUGAUGGCUUAGGGGACAUGGUAUCAUUGACAAUUUUGAAAGCAGAUAACACAGCCAUCAGAAAAAUUCCAUCUUCCAUAGUAAAAUUGAAGAAGUUGAGAAUUUUAUCUCUAUCUGGCUGCCGGAGGUUAACUAAGGAUGCAAUCCCAAGUCUCGCUGGUCUUUCAAAGCUCGAGGUCUUGUGUUUAAAUGCAUGCAGAAAACUUCGUGCAAUCCCAGAUUUACCAACCAAUUUGUAUGUUCUGAAAGCAAAUGGCUGCCCAAAAUUGGAAAGAAUUCCAGAAUUUUCAAAAAUGUCGAAUAUGAGAGAAUUGUAUCUCUGUGAUUCGUUCAGACUCACUGAGGUUCCAGGCCUGGAUAAGUCAUUAGACUCCAUGACAAGGAUUCAUAUGGAACGCUGCACCAAUCUGACUACCGAUUUUAGGAACAACAUCCUACAGAGAUGGACUUCUUGCGGAUUUGGUGGAAUUUAUUUGAAUGGAAUUUAUGAUAUUCCUGAGUGGUUCAAAUUCGUCAAUCAUGUGGACAAUAUCGUCUUCUUUGAAGUUCCUCAAAGAAUCAUGGGUCGUGAUUUAAAAGGGUUAACUAUAUGCUUCGUUUACUCUUCAGACAUGCCAAAACUCGUAGAUUCUGAAGGUCCAAAACUUGAAGGUACUAUUGGCAUUAUCGUUAGAAAUCUUACCAAACGAACAGCUUUGCACGCCAAGAUAGCAUUUGCCUCCUUAAGAGAAGACCAUUGGUUUUUUAGACCUGUAGACCAUUAUCUUUGGCAGGGACAAUUGUCAAACGAUGUGCUCCGUUUGGAAGGCGGUAACCACGUAUCGAUUCUUGUAACGCCUGAUGAUGUUGAUUUUGUGAGAGUGAAGAAGACAGGGGUUCAUCUAGAAUGGGACAAACUCAUGAAGGAAAAUAAAUCGGAUCGUCAUUUGUAUGAUUUGGAAACAAAUGGGGAUUUUUGAGGGGGAGUUGAUGAGUCCAUUUGAAGAAAUUGUUGUCGCUGAGACGAAUGGUAACCAUACUGAGCAAGCCAUCAAUCUUGAUGGGGGAAGAAGAAGAAGCCAUGAUGAAGCAGAGACUGUAUUUCUUAAUCUUUUAAGCUACAGCGCUAUUACACUUUAUACAUCUGUCCAAGUAAUUCACAUACACAA